AUGAAGUUGCUUGUUGUUUGUGAGUUCAUCUUGGUUUCUCUGUUCCCCAGCGAACAGGUACUCGUCACCAGCACUGCGCAGAAGUGUGAACUCGACGCUGGUGUGGGGCCCCCCAGUCGAGGCACCGGUGCCCCCCCAAGGCACCGGUGGACUGGUCCGACCCCCUCCCCCCUCCCCCCUCUCCCCUCCUCUUCCUCUCUCAACCCCGUCUACACCCCGAUGGCCCCGCUGCCCCCGCUGCCUCCGCUUCCCCCUCUGCCCCCGCCCCAUCUCCCCCACCUUGCCCCUGCCCCCUCCCGGGCCGCAUCGAGGCUGGCGACUGUCUGGACGAACGUCCACGCCGCGCUCCUCAGUCGCAGCAGCACAGGCUUGCCCUCCUCCCUAUCCCAGGUCUCCCUCGCUGCCCUCCCCCUCUUCACCCCGAAGUGCAGGAGGAUGACCCCCGCACCCACCAACUCGAUGAUCAGCACGGCGUUUUGCGCCCACGCCCAGGGCAUUGUGUAG